AUGUCUGCCAAGUCCGCUUUUGUUAAAUCUCGCCAUAAUAAAGCUAGUAGGGUUAAUAGCUACUUAGCUGCUGCUUCAGAGUCUAAGAAGAGGAAAGUAAGUCGACAAAGGAGUUCUCAAGAUUGGCCGAUAAUAAUUGAUGACUCCCCAAAAGCUCUCGGCCAAGGAUCACCGAAGAAGCAGCGGAGGGGCCUGGGGAUCCAAGAGCCGCUCCGGGAAAUCCCUGCUUCCGCAGAUAGCUUUAUCCGUGUACAAGAGCUCUUGGAAUUAAGUAAGAAUGUCAUCGUAAUUAGCGGGGCAGGUAUGUCGGCCAAUGCAGGCUUUCCUACCUUUCAAGGAAUUCAAAAAUCCAGACAGACUUCGUUUGAUCGUUGCCUCUACUCUUCACCGGAUGAGACUAUCCGCUUCCAUUCGACCAUCUGCAGUAUGUUUGAACACGGGCAGUCGGACUUAUGUGAGCCUACACGAUUCCACAAAGUCAUGGACAAGCUAGCACGCGAGCGCCGACUUCUACGUCAUAUUACGCAGAAUAUUGAUUGUAUCGAGCAACAAUUACCGGAUCUCAACGCUAAGACAAUCCGUCUUCAUGGCCAAGUCGACCAGAUGAGGUGUCAGAUGUGCAACGGGGUCUAUAAAUUCCAGCCUAGACUCUUCCAAGGUACUUGUUUGCCAGACUGUCAAGAAUGCGUGAGAAGGAGCCGGGCCCGAGUUUCGAAUGGAAAACGACAACUACGAAUUGGCAAACUCAAACCUGACGUACUCUUAUAUGGCGAGCCUCACCCUGGGGAUACGGAGAUCUUAGAAGCUGUUCAGAAUGACCUAGAGACAGGUCCGGACCUGGUGGUCGUCGUCGGCACAAAGUUGAAGAUACCUGGAGCCCAAUCGAUAGCUAGUAGUAUCUGCCACGCCGCUCGGAGCACGGGCGGAUUUACUGUCUGGAUUAGCAAGGAGGAGCCUCCGUCAAGGGCAAGGAAUCUUUUUGAUUAUAUACUCAAAGGGGACUGUGAGUCAGUUGACCAGACCAAGUAA